AUGAUUGGACUAGUCGCGGAUGUCAUACCAACUGCAAAUAACACUACAAGCAGAAAUUAUAAAUUUUUGGCUGAAAAAAUAUGCGCAAUCCACACAUCAUUGACUUAUGACAAAACAUCAUUCAUCGAUCCUUACUUUCCGCUUAUGCCACAAACGCGAGUUACAAAUGAUUUAUAA